AUGACUGAUCUCAGGAGAUUACAUCUCAAGGAAUGCUCAAAUCUUGUGGAGUUCCCUGAUUCUAUCGGAAAUCUUCAGAAUUUGCAAAUGAUGUAUUUGCAAAGUUGCUCAAAGCUGAAGGCCCUUCCAAUCAAUAUCAACAUGACAUCUCUUGAUGAACUUGAUCUCACUGACUGCUCGUUGUUGAAAAGCUUUCCUGAGAUUUCCACAAACGUUAGCGUCCUAAAGCUCAAAGGAACAGCAGUAGAAGAAAUUCCUCCAUCAAUCAGGUCAUGGUCUCGUCUUGAUAGUUUACAUAUGUCAUACUGUGAAAACGUUAGGAAAUCCCAGCAUGCUUUUGACCGCAUCACGGAGCUGCACUGUAGCGACACGACAGUACAAGAAAUUGCUCCCUGGAUUAAGGAAAUGUCUCGUCUACGUAAAAUUGUAAUCAAGGGAUGCACAAAGCUGGUUUCGCUCCCACAGCUUCCAGAGUCAUUAGCAAUCCUAGAUGCAGAAAACUGUGAGUCCCUUGAGAGACUAGGUCAUUGCUCUUUUAGCAAGAAAAAUUUUAUGGACCUCAACUUUGUUAACUGCUUCAAACUGAAUCGAGAAGCAAGAGACCUUAUCAUCAAGACAUCGGAAAGAGGAUGUGCAAUUUUUCCCGGAGAAAAAGUGCCUACUUAUUUCACGUACCGAGCCACUGGGAGUUCCUUGUCAGUGAAUUUGAAUGGAUAUGAGACAAAUUUUUAUACAGAAUCGAGAAUUAAAGCUUGCGUCUUGCUGGUUAAGAAGGUUGACGUCGAGGUUGGUGAUAGGAACACGGCGAGUAUAUCUUAUCGCAUCAACGACGAAAGGUCUACUCAAAUUCGGAACCAAUUCUCUUUAUCUCCAAAGGAGCAUCUGUUCGUAUUCGAACUUAAAGAAACUGUGAGUUCCACCGAAUUAGUCUUUGAGUUCGAACUCGACAAUGGAGGAUGGGAGAUUCAAGAAUGCGGGGUACGUCCUCUAGAAACCCUAGCUCACUACAACAUAGACAGCAUGUUAUGUCACUACAACAAAUAUGGGUAUUGCUAG